AGUUGUUCCAUGUAAGUAGAAUCAUAUAGUAUUUGUCUUUUUGUGUUUGACUUAUUUCACUUAGCAUGAUUUUUUCAAAUUUAAUUCAUGUGGUAUCAUGUAUCAGGACAUCAUUCUUCUUUAUGGCUGAAUAAUAUUCCAUUGUGUGGAUAUACCACACUUUGUUUAUCCGUUGUCUGUUGAUGGACACCUGCAGAUCAAGGCAGAUUGGCUGCUGUCUUUACUGGUUAUGGUACGGUGCUUGGAGCCUCAGGAGUUUAUAUGGACUAAUAAGGUCAUAUCAAGAGACUGUUUUUUCAUGAUUUAAAGUAAGGGUUUACAUAGGACAUAUUGUAUAUAGUGCAAAGAACAUGCAGUCAGGCAGACCUGAGUUUCAGUCCUAUCCCUAGGGUUGGUCAAGUUAUUGACCUACUUUGAUCUUCAGUUUUACUAUCUAUAGACAGAAUAUAAUAACCCUAUCUUGCAGAGUUAUUAGAACUGAGGUAAUACAUGUAAAGGGCCCGGAACUUAGUAGGCUCUGGUGAAAUGAUAACUGUUGUUGCUGUCAUUGUUAGUAGCUGAGCUUUACUGGGCCAUGUGUAUUUUCAGUGAACUUUCUUUUGUGAAAGAACGACAAAGAAUUAAUUGCUAAAAAAAAAAUUGUUAAAGAAAUUAUGUUGUGGGAGAGAGAUUACUGGGGAAGUCUAAAUUAUGGCGUCUGCUCUGCUUAUCAUUUAAUCUCUCUGCAUCUUAUUUUGCUCAUCUGUUAAAAUAAAGUAUAAGAGAUUCUAGAACUGAUCAUUCAGGGGAGGAAUAUUCUGAGAAACAAGAGACCUGCCAGAUAAGAUAUGGAAAUUUAGCUGAGAAUGCAGUGAUGGAAGGGGGAGAAGUGUUUAGCUGUAGUUAGGGUAUAAGGAACAUCAGAAUAGACUAGAGAUUGUUGAGAUUGAAUAUUUUCUGGAGGCGUGUUGGCUUCAAGCGGAUCCCUGGGAUUUCCGCCUUCUUACCUCAAGGUAUGACUGAAUAUAUUUUUCUAGAGCACCUGUGGAGAGUAAAAAAUGGAUUCCUUGGACCAAAUGUUGACAGACCCCCUGGAACUAGGUCCCUGUGGAGAGGGCCACGGCGCUCGCAUUAUGGAGGACUGCCUGCUUGGAGGCACCAGGGUCAGUCUGCCUGAGGACCUGCUGGAAGAUCCCGAGAUAUUCUUCGAUGUAGUCAGCCUCUCAACCUGGCAAGAAGUAUUAAGUGACUCUCAACGCAAACACCUCCAGCAGUUUCUGCCUCACUUUCCUGAAGACAGUAUUGAGCAGCAGAGCCAUCUUAUCCUCGCCCUGUUCAGCGGGGAGAACUUCCGCUUUGGAAACCCUCUGCACAUUGCUCAGAAGCUUUUCCGAGAUGGACACUUUAACCCUGAGGUGGUCAAGUAUCGGCAGCUGUGCUUCAAAUCGCAGUACAAACGAUACCUCAGCUCUCAGCAGCAGUAUUUUCAUCGGCUGCUGAAGCAGAUUCUCGCUUCCCGGAGUGACCUGCUGGAGAUGGCCCGGAGCAGUGGCCCAGCCCUCCCCCUCCGGCAGAAGCGCCCAUCACCAUCCCACACCCCUGAGGAGCGGGAGUGGCGAACCCAGCAGCGCUACCUGAAGGUCCUGAGGGAAGUGAAGGAGGAGUGCGGUGACACGGCUUUGUCAUCCGAUGAAGAGGCCACGUUGGAUUUACAAGACACAUUUUCUUUUGAAGAUCUCAGCUCAUGGCUUCCGAGCUCUCCAGCGCAUUCUCCUAGUCCUGCGGUGCCCCUGAGGGUGGUGCCCACGCUUUCAACUAUGGAUAUGAAAACUGCAGAUAAAAUAGAGCUGGGGGACAGUGACCUGAAGAUAAUGUUAAAGAAGCACCAUGAGAAGCGGAAAUACCAACCGGACCACCCAGACCUUUUGACAGGGGACCUGACUCUCAAUGACAUCAUGACUCGAGUAAAUGCUGGCAGGAAGGGCUCUCUAGCAGCACUGUAUGACUUGGCUGUCCUUAAAAAAAGAGUUAAGGAGAAAGAGGAAAAGAAGAGGAAGAAAAUAAAAAUGAUCAAAUCAGAGGCAGAGGAUCUGACUGAGCCCCUAAGCAAUACUGAGGGGAUCCCACCCCUCUCGCAGGCACCCUCUCCACUGGCAAUACCUGCUAUCAAAGAAGAGCCUCUUGAAGACCUCAAACCUUGCCUUGGAAUCAAUGAAAUAUCUUCCAGCUUCUUCUCUCUUCUAUUGGAGAUCUUGCUGCUGGAGGGGCAGGCUAGCCUUCCCGUGCUGGAGGAGCGGGUGUUGGAUUGGCAGUCAUCUCCAGCCAGCUCCCUCAAUGGCUGGUUCUCUGCAGCUCCCAACUGGGCAGAGUUAGUGUUACCAGCCCUGCAGUAUCUUGCUGGUGAAAGUCGAGCUGUUCCUUCCAAUUUCUCUCCAUUUGUUGAAUUCAAAGAGAAAACCCAGCAGUGGAAAUUGCUUGGCCAGUCUCAAGAUAAUGAAAAGGAAUUAACUGCUCUCUUCCAGCUAUGGCUAGAGACAAAAGACCAGGCCUUCUGUAAGCAAGAAAAUGAAGACAGCUCAGAUGCCACGACCCCUAUUCCUCGGGUAAGAACUGACUAUGUGGUGCGGCCCAGCACAGGGGAGGAGAAACGGGUUUUUCAGGAACAGGAGCGUUGCAGGUACAGCCAGCCCCACAAGGCGUUCACCUUCCGCAUGCAUGGCUUUGAGUCUGUUGUGGGGCCUGUGAAGGGCGUGUUUGACAAGGAGACCUCCCUCAACAAGGCCCGCGAGCAUUCCUUACUGCGCUCGGACCGGCCCGCCUACGUCACCAUCCUGUCCCUGGUGCGGGAUGCUGCAGCCCGGCUGCCGAAUGGGGAAGGCACCCGGGCGGAGAUUUGUGAAUUGCUCAAGGACUCCCAGUUUCUUGCACCAGAUGUCACCAGCACUCAGGUGAAUACAGUAGUGAGUGGGGCACUGGAUCGGCUACACUAUGAAAAAGACCCAUGUGUGAAAUACGACAUCGGACGAAAGCUGUGGAUCUAUCUCCAUCGUGACCGAAGCGAGGAAGAGUUUGAGCGGAUCCACCAAGCCCAAGCAGCUGCAGCGAAAGCCAGAAAAGCCCUUCAGCAAAAACCCAAGCCCCCAUCCAAGGUGAAGUCCAGUAACAAGGAGAGUUCGGUGAAGGUCCCUGGCGGUGGCCCUUCAGAGCAGAGCCAAAUGAGUCUCAGUGACUCCAGCAUGCCUCCUACUCCAGUGACGCCUGUAACCCCCACCCCUCCAGCCUUGCCUGUGACUCCUAUCUCCCCCCAAUCUGUAUCAUCAGUGAACAAAAGUGCCCCAACUCCUGUCUCAGAACCAGCUAAAUCCAGCUCAAGUGUUCUUCUGGUGUCAUCGCCAACAAUGCCCCAGCUAGGAACAAUGCUUUCCCCAACUUCUAGCCAGACUCCACCAAGUUCUCAGUCCACUGCCCGGCUCGUGGGCCACUCUGGCUCGGCUGGACUACCCCAGGUGCGGGUGGUGGCCCAGUCUAGCCUCCCUCCUGUUAGCCAGCAGUCCACGGGGUCGACACAGACGCUGCCUCAGGUACCAGCGGGGUCGCAGAUCCGGGCUCCAGCUUCUGCCACACAGACCAAAGUGGUGCCCCAGACAGUAAUGGCCACUGUUCCAGUCAAAGCUCAGACAACGGUAAGCUCUGUGCCGCGGCCUGGAACGGGGACGGCUGGACUUGCGGUGACAGGUCUCCCUGCCUCAGCCAGCCCUGCCAGCAAGCCAGCCACCAGUUCUCCUGGAGGCUCAGCACCCAGCUCCUCCACAACCACGGUCAUUCAGAACGUCUCCGGGCAGAGCAUCAUCAAGCAGGUGGCGAUCACUGGGCAGCUUGGUGUGAAGCCGCAGGCGGGCAGUAGCAUCCCACUCACAGCCACUAACUUCCAUAUCCAGGGGAAGGAUGUAUUGCGCCUUCCACCCUCUUCCAUCACCACAGAUGCCAAAGGGCAGACAGUUCUACGAAUCACUCCGGACAUGAUGGCCACACUGGCCAAGUCCCAAGUCACCACAGUCAAACUGACCCAGGACCUCUUCGGGGCAGGAAGUGGUCCCGCAGGCAAAGGCAUCUCAGCUACCUUACACGUCACUUCCAAUCCAGUGCAUGCAGCCGACAGCCCUGCCAAGGCUAGUGCGGCCAGUGCCCCUUCACCCGCUCCCACCGGCACCACAGUGGUUAAAGUGACUCCUGACCUCAAGCCAACAGAAGCCUCGAGCUCAGCGUUUCGCCUGAUGCCGGCACUUGGUGUGAGUGUGGCAGACCAGAAGGGAAAAACCAUGGCGGCCGCUUCAGAAGCAAAACCAGCAGCCACGAUCCACAUUGUGCAGGGCCUGGGAGUGAUGCCCCCCAAAGCAGGCCAGACACUCACAGUGGCGGCCCAUGCCAAGCAAGGGUCCUCGGUGGCAAGUGGGGCUGGAACUGUCCAUACCUCAGCGGUCUCCUUGCCUAGCAUGAACGCUGCCGUGUCCAAGACUGUGGCGGUAGCCUCAGGGGCUGCAAGUACCCCCAUUAGCAUCGGAACAGGAGCCCCUGCUGUGCGGCAGGUCCCCGUCAGCACUGCGGUUGUGUCCACGUCCCAGGCUGGGAAGCUGCCGACCCGGAUCACAGUCCCCCUGUCUGUGAUCAGCCAGCCUAUGAAGGGCAAAAGCGUGGUCACAGCCCCCAUCCUCAAAGGCAGCCUUGGAGCCAAUAUCAGUGGGCUGGGCCGCAAUAUCAUCCUCACCACCAUGCCCGCAGGCACAAAGCUCAUUGCCGGCAACAAGCCUGUAAGCUUCCUCACCGCCCAGCAGUUGCAGCAGCUUCAGCAGCAAGGGCAAGCCACCCAGGUGCGCAUCCAGACUGUCCCAGCAUCCCAUCUCCAACAGGGCACAGCUUCUGGGUCCUCCAAAGCAGUCCCCACUGUUGUUGUGACCACAGCCCCAUCUCCUAAGCAGGCACCUGAACAGCAGUGAUGGGGAGAGGACAGUGGCUUCCAGAAAAACCACACCUGGCCUGCCCUUGCAAAGCUGGAAGGAAGGGAGUGAGCAGUUGCCUCAUUCCUCUGGUUGUUGUGACAGAAGGCCCUGAGGUGGUGAUGGCAGCAGUGGCCUCUGUCCUGCAGCAGCCCCACUUGCAGAGGGCACUGAGCAGGGCCUGCCCCUGGGUGCCCAGCCUGCUCCGGACCAGUCCAGGAGAAGACUGACUGUGUCAUACAAGCUACUUUCUCCUCCAAGAGUGACAAAGCUGGGGAGGCUGACCGGUUGCCGUGGGUGCAGGCAGUGAAUGCACCUGUUCUUUAUGUGGAUUGCAAUUUUUAGUUUCCAUUCGACUCCAUGACUAGUGGUCUAGUUAGGUGUUUUUUUGUUCAGAAAGUUUUACGUAACUUAUUUUUUUAAAGAACCUAUUGUACAUCUUUAUCAAAUAGAAACCUCGGCUUUAGCCUCACCCUCCCACCCAAACUGAUUACUUACUCAUUUGAUCAUAAUGAGGAAAUAGAAGGGUUUUUAGUAAGUUAGUGGCUGACUUGAUAACUACAUAUAAUUGAGAGGCUGCAAGGUGGGAAAGAAACAUAGCAAGUGAGACAGUGUGGAUUAUUCCCUGAAAUGGAAUUAGUUUGGCAUCCUGUCUUAGAAGAAGAUGGGGUGUAGAGGUCUUGAUGAUGGUGCAUAUUUUUACCUAUUGGCUGUGCUCUCAAGCCUGUUCAUACUUCUUCCGGUCAAGUACAGAGAAUAGGGGAUGCCGGCUGAGAUGCUGCAUUUGCAGCACAAACCUUGUUGCAGUUCAGAGAUUAUACAUUUUGCUUUGCUCUCCAGAGCAGAGGUCAGCAAACUGCGGCCAGCAGGCUGGUCACCUGUUUUUGUAAAUAAAGUUUUAUUGGAACACA